ACUACACUUCACUUGAAUCUCUUGACCCACUCUCACAUAUACGAGACGAGCCAGAGAAACAGCGAAAGCGAGAGAAAAUCACAACCACUACCUCUUCCCCAACAACCGACGGAUUGAGAACUUGUUAGAGUACGAAACGGGUCUGACCAAUAUACACAUUACCACACAGUGUCUAUUAAAGUAUCCACCUAGAUAUAUCUCAUUACCACAAAAUAAGUGUACAUGCUAAGCAAAUCAAGGACAUAUUAACUUAUCCCCUACCUGCCUAAACAUACACUGAAUACUUUUUUCGGUGAUAAACAACUUACUACUACUGCCACCAGUUCAAAGUCUACGCACGUUGUUAUUAAAACGAGCUUUUCAUUAAGUUUUCGUUUUUACCUUUUAUUUUACUACUACUACUUCCUUUCCUUUUUAUUGAGUCAGGAAAACUUUUUGCUAGCUAACUGCUACUAUGUACCAAGUUCAUUAUCCUCACCACCAAUAUCCACUCCACGGAUUGGGUACGGCUGGCCACAGAACUAGUUCUUAUUUACCACCUCAACAGCAACCACCACAACCACCACCACAACAAUCAGCACACUACAACUCGUACUACCAACCACAACCAACUCAUGUCCCUUCCCAUUCCUUAUAUUCUUACCAGCAAGUUGCUGCCCCACCACAACAAGUGUACAACCAAUCAGUUUACACUCCUGUUAUUAACCAUGAAGAGGAGCAACAACCGGCUGUAAAUGGCGGUAUUAAUUCCGUAUUAGAAUAUAAUCUUAACCAAAUGGCGAGUUUCUUAUCCUGGUGUGGAUUUGGCAUGUUGAAGCAAUCGAGAAAUCCAAGUUUAGAAUUUGAACAAUUAAUUGUGUCAGUGUUAUUUGCUACCAGAUUACCUAAAUCUACGAUCAUUAUUGCUUUGGAAUAUAUGAACCAGAGAUUCUCCAGUGAUGCCUCCAUCACCAGUAAAGUCUUGACUGAACAAGAAAUAUUUAAUCAUUUAGUGGUCUCAUUAGUGUUGGCCAAUAAAUUUAAUGAUGACAAUACAUUUACUAAUAAGUCCUGGUGUGGAGCUACUGGAUUAGAUUUAUUAAAAUUAAACAAAAUGGAAAAGGAAUGGUUGGAAUAUGUCAAAUGGAGUUUAAAUGUUGUCAAUUUUGAGACUAAUAUCUUGACGUUAGAAGAAUGUUGGAAAACUUGGUUGGAGAAGUAUUCACAUGCUCCAUCUGCUUCCAACUCUCCCAUUUCAAUUUCCUCGCCAUGUUCCUCAUCACCAAGAUCUCAACUUAAUUCAUCGCCAAUCACCAGACCACACAGUUCAUAUUCAUCAAUUCCAUCCAGUCCCGAGUAUGAUCAAAAGUAUUAUGCUUUGAAAUCCUCCUGGGGCCAACACCAGCAACCACAACAGAGAAUUCCUCAGCCAUCCCAGCAAAGAAUGUUACCACCACCUCCCCCUCCUCCAGCACCAGUUUACAAUUAUAGUUUCCAAUUCAAUGAUCCUGCAGUACAGUAUGUGGGACCACCACCACCAAGCCAUGUUGGAUAUGUAGGAUAUGCUAAUCCAUACUACAUGUCCUCAUGUUAGUAUUCAAUUAUUCAAAAAUCCCAAAAAAAAAAGUUCAUAAAAGUUUAUUUUAAAAAUACAAAAAAAGAGACAGUAGGGGCACAGUUUGAUGAUGUUGAGUUCAAGAUGCUUAUCGGUUCGUUACGGUUUUUAAUUUUUUUAAAUUUUUUUUUCAGUUUUUUACCUUGAUGAAUCAACUCGUUUGGUUUUCUUUAAUAAUAGUCGUUUUAUAGAUGUUUUUUCAAUAGUUUUAUUCGUGAUAGAUAUGUUCG